AUGGACGACGCCAGAUUCAAGGAAAACUUUCGUCUUGAUAGGCGGGCGUUUCAAAAAGUGUGCGAGAAAGUGCGAGGAAUGGAGAAAAUGGAUAGCAAUAUGAGGCGUUGCAUUCCACUCGAAAAGAGGGUGGCUAUAGCACUUUUCUCAUUGGGCUCUACAGCAGAGUACAGAACAGUUUCUAGUUUAUUUGGUGUAGGCCGUAGUACUGUUGGUGAAAUUGUUUCGAAUUUUUGCCAUGCAGUUUGCGAUAAUCUUGCAGAUUGCAUUAAUACAUACCCCCCGAAUCAACGAGAAAUCAAAAGAAUAAUUCCUCAAUGCUUCGGAGCUAUCGAUGGUUGUCACAUUGAAGUGCAGCCAAGAAAAGAGGAUGCCGUAGAUUACCACAAUUACAAAGGAUGGGAGAUGUUUACAGGUAGCACCCAAAAACGUCAACAUUAUAAUAAGACGAAGUUUCUUCCGUGUGGAUGCAAGACGCAGCCUAAUCAACCUAAUCACACAAAAAGAGUAGGCGAAAAUGAUCAAACAGCGGCGGCUAUUAGGAAUGCCAUUGCUAUGAGUUUCC